CGCCCGGCUCCUGCUCUGCCCGUAGUUUUCUGGGAAGAACGCUCCUAAAAGGUGGUCAUGGCCUCUGCGCGCCUGACUUAGGAAAAUCUUUACUGACAAUUUUUUUUUUCUUUUGAUAUAGUAUCCAAAAUGAGUGGUGACAGUCUAUUUGCUAGUUUGGACAGACUUUUACUAGAAUUUGUUUUCCAGUAUGAGCAAGACAUAAGUACUAAAGAAGAUAUUAUUCAGAGAGCGAAUAAAUGCUUUGAAGAUAUUAAAGAAACCAAAGCAACAAUUUGUAAGAUACAUGAAACAAUAAAUAAAACAGAUAAAGAAAUUGAUCAUUAUUAUAAACAUAGUAAGGAGAUCAAAGACAACUGUAGUAACUGGAGGCCAACAUGUGAUGUUUUCCAUAAACAUGAAGAUUAUAUGCAGGACCAAUUUACUCUAUAUCAAGAAACUAUUGAAAAAGACAAAAAAAUGUAUCACAGUUAUGUAUGUCAGUAUAAAGAUGUUUUGAAGCAAUACCAACUAAAAUACUUGGAAACACCCUUUUCACAUGAAUAUUACGAGAAGAAAAAAGAACACGAAGAAAUUCAAAACAGAGUUUUGGCAUGUACUGAACAACUAAAAAUAAAUGAAACCAUUUUUAUGAAAUUUCUAGUGCCUGCUCCCUUUCCAUCAGUUACUAAAUGGACACUACACAUGGUAAAUCUGAGAUGUAAAACACAAGAUGUUCUUAAACAUGCUAACAAUUUUACCAAAAGUUCAUCUGAAUUGAAGAAAGAAGCAGAUGAAAAGGAAAUAGAAAUAAAUUAUUUAAACCAGCAGAUGGCAAGACUUUGUGAAAAUAAGAAUCUUUCAGAAACUCUGGAAGAAAAGAACAAAAAUGUAGAAAAAAGAAAAGAAUCAAAAGAAAGAAUUUUUGAUAAAGAUGAACAUUUACUUGUAGUGAAUAAAACCUCUCAAAGCAGUCAAUUAUUUAUACCUUAUGAAUCUCAAAAAUUACUAAGAUCAUUAAAGAUACAUUCUUCAGAAUCAAGAGUUACAGAUAAAAAAGAAGAAAGUUCUGCGAAGCAGUUAAAACUUGAUAAUAUUGACUUCAGACAAAAAGAAAAUGAUACACAGAUAUUUAAUAACUCUUCUGUGAAUAGUCAUUCAAAAUGUUCACAAGUUACAACUAAAAAAGGUUCACAAAAUUUUAUGCAAUUCAGGUUGUUGACCCCCCAGAAACAAUUAAAUUGCAAUCAGUGGUUUGAAAAAGGAGAUACAGAUGCUGAGUAUGGAGAUAAAGGGACAGUAAGGCAAGUAAGAGAAUCAAAAUGUACUUCACAAGCUGUGUAUACAGAACAUAUUGGGAAGCCAACAGAAAAUAAUAGUGAUGAAGUAGAAGAAAGGACUGAUAAUUUUCCACCAACUCCUGAAAUUCCUUCAUUUUUAAGAACUCUUGAAACUGUGAAAACACCAGAAUCUUUGAAGAAAUUACAGCUCCCCAAAACUCCCUUAUUUGAAAGUAACAGAAAUAGAAAUGCAGUACCUGAAGUUCAAACACAAAAGGAAUCUCCUGGAUUUUCUUUUCUUAUGAGUUAUACUUCUAGAUCACCUGGAUUGAAUUUAUUUGAUUCUUCUAUAUUUGAAACAGAAAUCUCAUCAGAUCAGUUUAGUGAACAUUCUGCAGAAAAUCUAAAUCCUCUGUCAUCACAAGAAAUUGGAAACUUAUUUGAGAAACCAGAAGAAGAUACAUUUACAUUUUCGUUUCCAUCAGUCACUUCAACUCAUACAUUUGGAGCUGAAAAAGAUGAUUUUAGUUUUCCAUUUUCAUUUGAACAGGAUGAAAAUGCGAUACCUUCUUCUUUGAAAGGUUUUUCAUCUUCCUCACAAAAUACAACCCAGUUUACCUUUUUUUGAACUAGUUUUUAAUUUCUUGAAUUAUAUUACUGCUCUGUAAUCUUUGAGGGCAAAAAUUAUAUUAUUACCUUAAACAUGAAAAUCAUCUACUUUCUUGUUGAUUAAAGCAAUGAUGGAUUACCAUGGUUAUAUUAUUGGAUUAUGUUUACUGUCAUACUGAAUAUUUAGUUUUUAUUUGUGGCAUCAGCUAAUCCUUAUUUAUUUUGGUUUUGAUUUUGCAAUCCACUUUCAGGUAGAAUUAUUAAUCUUAAUAGAAUUUGAUGCUUUUUUCAUAAAUCUUUAUUUUAAAUAGUAAGCCUGCUUCUUCCUGGAACUUAAGUUUCGUUCUGGUAGUAUUAUAGGUGCUUUGAUAAGAAUAAAACUCUGCCAGACCAUCAGAAGACUUUUUAAUGGUAACUGCAGAAUUAGUGCUGAGAUAUACUUUAGCUACUAAAAAAUUCUUUCAAAAUUACUGGGAUUCACUUAUGCUUCACUGCUACAGUAUACAGACUUUGUGUCAAUAGUAAAUUAAGUCUGUGUUAUUUUCUUGUAAUACAACAAAUGGCAAAAUUCUAAAUUUAUUAGUUAUACAUAUAUCUUUAAUAUAAGAAAAUUAAGUGGGAAAGGGUAAAGUAAUUUUUAAAAAUUGGAUUGGUGUAAUAGCAGUGAUCCUGUUAAUGUAGUUUUAAAACAUUUUUUUGAAGAACAUUUGAAAUUUUUUCUGUCUUUGAUAAAAAUAAUUUCAUCUUUAUAUUUUAUAUUCAGUGUUUCUCAAUUAAAUAUAACUUAAAUUAGGAUAUUUAAAAUUUGAUAAAAUUAUAUAAGCAUAUUGAUCAAUAUCUUUGUAUGGUAUGCUUUUAGUUUUAUUUGU